GGGUACAUGUUUCUUUCCCCAUGUACCAGUAACCUCUUGCAUCCAGGAAGUAAAUGAGACGUCAGGGUCGAUGGCACCAAACGCACGGGCCCGAGAAAGGGGGAGGGAAAGGGGAAGGAGAACGAGAAGGAGAAGGAAAGCCAGCGACCGAGGAGGCAGCCGAGCCGCCGCUCAUUGUUUUGCUUCCGCAGAGACGGCGAGGCGCGCGGGCAAUGAGCGACUCUAAGCCCGCCUGGACAGCCGCAUCUCCCGGAGCAGCCGGACCCAGAGGCGGCGGAGGCUGCGCUUUGAGCUAAGCCUCUCAGCUGUCGAUGCGCAUCGCGGACUCCCGCUGCUCUGCUGUCACCGCCACCGCGGGGGGUGCCUCGGAAGGCUCGCGGGCAGCGGGGCGCGCGGAGCGUCGGCCUUGCCGCUGGCGCUGCUCUUGGAGGAGGCGGCGGGCGAGCAGGAUGGUGCGCCGGCCGCGGCUCUGAACGAUGGAAGGCGUUCUGUACAAGUGGACCAAUUAUCUCACAGGUUGGAAGCCUCGCUGGUUUGUUCUGGAUAAUGGGAUACUGUCCUACUACGAUUCACAGGAUGAUGUUUGUAAAGGCAGCAAAGGAAGUAUAAAGAUGGCCGUGUGUGAAAUCAAAGUUCAUCCGAUGGAUAGCACCAGAAUGGAGCUAAUAAUCCCAGGAGAGCAGCAUUUCUACAUGAAAGCUGUCAAUGCUGCUGAGCGACAGAGGUGGCUAGUAGCCCUAGGGAGCUCCAAAGCUUGCCUGACAGAUGCCAGAACUAAAAAAGAAAAAGAAAUAAAUGAAACCAACGAGUCUCUAAAAACCAAAAUGUCUGAACUGCGUCUCUAUUGUGACCUCUUGAUGCAGCAGGUCCAUACAAUACAAGAAUAUGUUCAUCAUGAUGAGAAUCAUUCCUCACCUAGCAUUGAGGUAUUAGAUAAUUGUUUGAAGGAGCUUUUACUCACCCAUUUAAACGAUGUUUCUGAAAUUAAGUUCUUGGAUUAUAGGGCUGUGCAACAGUGUCAUGUUGAAUCCAUAGCUUUAUCUGAGAGUACCAUAAUGGUACAUCACUGCCACACUACCAGUAAUAACUGA